AUGGCUUGUUACCUGGUCAUCAGCUCGAGACACCUCAGCAAUGGGCACUACCGGGGCAUUAAAGGAGUCUUCCGAGGACCCCUCUGCAAGAACGGAUCUCCCUCUCCGGACUUUGCAGAAAAGGAGAAGUCCACAGCAAAGGCCCUGGAAGACGUAAAGGCAAACUUUUACUGUGAAUUAUGUGACAAGCAGUAUCACAAACACCAGGAGUUUGACAAUCAUAUUAAUUCUUAUGAUCAUGCUCAUAAGCAGAGACUGAAGGAAUUAAAACAACGAGAGUUUGCUCGAAAUGUAGCAUCCAAGUCCUGGAAAGAUGAGAAGAAACAAGAAAAAGCACUUAAACGACUCCAUCAGCUCGCUGAACUACGGCAGCAGUCUGAGUGUGUUUCUGGAAAUGGACCAGCCUACAAAGCCCCCAAGAUAGCCAUAGAAAAGCAAAUCCAACAGGGAAUUUUCCCAGUUAAGAAUGGCAGAAAGAUAUCUUGCCUGAAGAGUGCUCUUCUCCUUAAGGGAAAGAAUAUUCCCAGAAGCGCUUCUGACAAACAGCGUUUCACUCUGUCAAACAGACACCAGUUACCUUCAGACAGAUGUUGUUUGUUUGGUAAUCGGAUACCACACACACCUGCAGAACUCAGCACUGCAAAUCACAGGACUGGAAUUUCAUUUUCAUUUUCAAAAAAAGUGCAUCUUAAACUAGAAUCCUCAGCACCAGUUUUCAGGGAGAACACAGAAGAAACCCAAGACUGUAACAAGUCACCUACAUAUAAAACAAAACCAAGUGUGGAGAAAUGUGAAUACUGCAGGUUUUCAAAGGGGGAGGUGCACGUCACUAAGCAAGAAGAUAGAAGCAUUUCACCGCACCCUCUAGAGAGUGUUUUCCACAAUACUUUUGCCAGGAGCUCUAAUAUUUUGAAAGAUAAAAAUGAUUCUAUUGAUGAGGAUUCAAUUGGCAUUCAGACUUCUUUCUCUAAAUCUAACAUUCAUCUCACAGAUGAAGAUUUUAUUCCUUUCAAUAGAGAGAAAGAAACUAAAAAUACAAUGAAGAACACUUCAGAAAACUGCACUGACCACUCAUGCCAAGAAGGUGUCUCCUUCAGCUCAGCAAACAUUUAUAAGCACAGUGAUGCCAGGAUAUUUGAAUGUCUAGAUGACUUUUUCUUAUCAGAACUGAGUGAACAAAAUAAUGCAGUACAUUUGAAUGGCAAUUCCAGUAUGGAAGACAAAGGAAAAUCUUCAAGUGAAAAUGAAAAAAAUAGCACAAAUAAUCAAAGAGUUCGAAAAGAAGGGUAUUUCCACAAUGUGACGUCCAAGCCUUUGUCUUUUCUCCAUGUACAAAGCAGGGAUGGCCACACUACUCUUCAGUGGCCUACUGAACUUUUGCUCUUCACAAAAACAGAGCCCUGCAUUUCUUAUGGGUGCAAUCCAUUAUAUUUUGAUUUUAAACUUUCUCGGAACACAAAGGAUCCACAUAAUCCAGAUGAUUUAGAAGCAAAAUUGGGCAAAGAAACCUUGGAAAUGAAGACAAAAAUAGACAGUCAAGACUCAGGUUUAGUUAAAGGCCAACAAAAAUUUAUCCAAGAAGAUAAUCAAUUCCUGAAACCAAAGAGGAUUAGAGCUAAUACAAAUUGGGAAAAUUUCCAGAGAAAAUACAAUUUGAGUUGCAAUGAUUCAGAACCUAGUAAAAAUGACCAUAAUUUUAGUGCAAGCAAUUUGGAAUUGAAACUUCCUGAAGUGCCUGCUUACCUUGAUAUGUCUCUAAAGGACUGUGAGGGAAGGAAUAAUAAUGAUACUGAUAAUGAAUUUAAGGAAAGUUCAAGGCCCUAUUGGCAAAGCUGUGGAGGACUAGGUCUAAAUGAUGAAAAUGAAGACUUGUCCUUUCCCUCCCACAUCUCUAGGACUAAGAAGCAUAAGCUAAUUUCCUGCAACUCUCAUUCAGUGUUUGAAGAGAAAAAACAAUUCACCUGGAAUUCUAGCCCUUAUGUUUUGGGGAGUCACAGCGACCACAGGAAGGACUUUAGUGUAAUUUGGAAUAGCAAUAUCAGCAUGGCCCAUAGUGUUUCUGGCUGUGGAGACCAAAGCUACAAAACAGGUUCUCAGUUAACUCUGAGGGGACAUUCCAGCACCUUGGACAAAUCCCUGAGCAGUGUGUCCAGUCUGAGAAAGAGUUGUUCAAGUCAUAAGUCUACUAUUAGCAACAACUGUGAUCUCCUCUAUAUUUGCGAAAGAGAGCACAGCUCUGUGGAGAAUCACAAAUGGAAGCACAGAAAGCGCACCUGUCUCUGUUUGUCCCGUGAGAUGACAAAGAACAGUUCCCUGCAGUCUGAAAUGCAGAGAGACAGGAACUGCAAAUUGUGGGCAUCGUUGAAAAAUAAAAAAUACUUAAAACACAGAUACUGUCACUGCCAAGGACAAUAUAAGCUGAGUAAAAGUAAAUCAUUUUCAGGGCUAAAAUCUAUGAGAAUCAUCCACUGUGAUUCCUGCUCACAGGUUUCCUGUGCUGGAAACAGUGAAAAAUCACCUGAUUUCCAGAGACCUAAGCACAGCAGAUUGGGCUGUUAUUCAAGACAGAGGAUUUAUUACUUAAAUAAAAGCAAGCAAAGUCAAGAAUCCUUGGUCAGCUGUCAUGUUUGUGAGCAGAGGAAAGCUGUGCAGAGGCAGUGUGACUCAGGGACUCUCAGCUAUCUUCUGCAGACCUCUUCCACAGAACCUCCCAGAACCACAGAGCCCACAGUUUCAGGAGAAAUGAAGAGCCUCCUGACAGCCAAAAGCCUUUUAGAAAGAGUACAAGCAAAGAAGUGUCAGGAGCAACCAACAAAUGUUGAAGUAUCUUCACCCACUUGUAAAAACAAAUCUGAGGAUCAUUCACAAAUCCAGUGCACAAGUCAACUUGUACCACAAAGCUGUAACGAAUCAACACUGCUGUUGUCUCAAAAAAACCAACAUAGGAGUGAAAGAAAAAAUGAUAAAGGCAAUGCAGUUCAAAGGCUCGCUAAGAAAGAUAAACUCAAAAGCUCACAGACUGAUAUUCGUACUGUUUCAGCAGAAAACGACUCACAUAACCAACGUGCUAAAGGCACAAUUCAUGCAGCCACAGAGUUUUGGUCAUUAAACAGAAAAAAGAACCCAAGAACAAAAGAGCAAUCAAAACCUAUAACUAGUGAGGACCAGGCUUUUCUUCAAAGCCUUGACCCAGUACCAAAUGAUUUCCCGGGUGCUUUUCUGUCUAAUAGAUAUACUAGUGUAACUGAUUCAACAGAGACCAAAGAAGACCAAAUAAAUCUAGACGUACAGGAUGUAAGCAUGCAUAUGAAUCAUGCAGAGGGGAAUGUAAACACUUACUAUGACAGAACUGCGCAGAAGCAUGACAAAGUGGAAGACGAAUUACAAGUGUGUCAUAAAUCUCUCUCGCCCCCUUUAAUUCAACAGCCCAUAACAUUUUCUCCAGAUGAAAUAGAUAAAUAUAAGCUUCUGCAGCUACAGGCCCAGCAGCAUAUGCAGAAACAGCUCCUUUCCAAACAUCUUCGAGUGGUGCCUGCCACAGGGCCCACAGCCUUCUCUCCAGCCUCAGCUGUGCAGUCGGUUCCCGUCCACCAGCAUGCUUCCAUCACUGCCAUCCACCACACCUUCCUGCAGCACUUCGCUGUGUCUGCCACCAUAAGUUCCCACGGCAGUCCUCUCCCCAUUGCUCAUCUCCACCCUCUUCCACAGCCACAUUUCACUCCGGUUUCAUUUUCGACCCUGACCCCCACCCUCAUCCCUGCACACCCUACUUUGCUAGCUGGCCAUCCUCUGCAUUUAGUAGCUACGGCCCCUCUCCCCCCGUCUCAUCUAACAUUUCAGACCCUGCCUCCAUCAGCAUUCAUCCCCACAUUGUUUGGCCCUCACUUAAAUACAGCCACAGCUUCUAUCAUCCACUUGAAUCCUUUAAUCCAACCAGUGUUCCAAGGUCAAGAUCUUUUCCAUCAUUCUUUCGCCAGCCAGGCACAGCAGUUAAAUGGUGUUAAAGAAGCCUUACAUGUGGCAACUCACUUGAACUAA